CAUGAGACCUUGCAAAGCGCAACGUAGCCGGAAGCUGGUGGCGGCUGGUGGGCGACAGGGCGCAUCCCCGUUGCAGUGCGGCGGUCCGAACCCGGCCCUGGCCUGACCCCGGCGGCCCUGCCCGCCCCUCCUGUCAGCAUCAUGGCCAGCCCAAGGACCAGGAAGGUUCUUAAAGAAGUCAGGGUGCAGGAUGAGAACAACGUUUGUUUUGAGUGUGGCGCAUUCAAUCCUCAGUGGGUCAGCGUGACCUAUGGCAUCUGGAUCUGCCUGGAGUGUUCGGGGAGACACCGCGGGCUUGGGGUGCACCUCAGCUUUGUGCGCUCUGUGACUAUGGACAAGUGGAAGGACAUUGAGCUUGAGAAGAUGAAAGCUGGCGGGAAUGCUAAGUUCCGAGAGUUCCUGGAGUCUCAGGAGGACUACGAUCCCUGCUGGUCCUUGCAGGAGAAGUACAACAGCAGAGCCGCGGCCCUCUUUAGGGAUAAGGUGGCCGCUCUGGCCGAAGGUAGAGAGUGGUCUCUGGAGUCAUCACCUGCCCAGAACUGGACCCCACCUCAGCCCAGGACCCUGCAGUUCACGGCACACCGAGCCUCUGGCCAGCCGCAGAGUGUGACCGCCUCCUCGGACAAGGCUUUCGAAGACUGGCUGAAUGAUGACCUCGGCUCCUAUCAAGGAGCCCAGGGGAAUCGUUAUGUGGGGUUUGGGAACACACCACCGCCCCAGAAGAAAGAAGAUGACUUCCUCAACAACGCCAUGUCCUCCCUGUACUCGGGCUGGAGCAGCUUCACCACUGGAGCCAGCCGGUUUGCCUCAGCAGCCAAGGAGGGCGCUACAAAGUUUGGAUCCCAAGCAAGUCAGAAGGCGUCCGAGCUGGGCCACAGCCUCAACGAGAACGUCCUCAAGCCUGCGCAGGAGAAGGUGAAGGAGGGAAAGAUUUUUGAUGAUGUGUCCAGUGGGGUCUCUCAGUUGGCGUCCAAGGUCCAGGGAGUCGGUAGUAAGGGAUGGCGGGACGUCACCACCUUUUUUUCGGGGAAAGCAGAGGGCCCCUUGGACAGCUCUUCGGAGGGCCACAGUUACCAGAACAGCGGUCCGGACCACUUCCAAAACAGCACCAUAGACCAGAGUUUCUGGGAGACCUUUGGAAGUGCUGAGCCCACCAAGGCCCGCAAGUCCCCAAGCAGCGACAGCUGGACGUGUGCGGACACCUCCACCGAGAGGAGGAGCUCGGACAGCUGGGAGGUGUGGGGCUCGGCCUCCACCAACAGGAACAGCAACAGCGACGGUGGGGAGGGCGGGGAGGGUGCCAAGAAGGCAGUGCCACUGGCCAUGCCCGCCGACGAUGGCUGGGACAACCAGAACUGGUAGGGCCACCGUGCCCCCGUCCCCAGCGCCCCAGGCGACUUCAUGUUUGCACUCUGCCCUCAUCGUUCCUCCUCCUCUCAUUUGACCCAAGAAUCAGCGACUGCAGCGUGAGGACAGCAUCUCGGGAGGCAGGACCCCAGGGAGACUCGGGUUCGUGCCGCCUGCCACGUGGGGGUCUCGGUGCAUGGGAGCGGCCUGCUCUCCAGCCUGGGCGGGGCCCAUCCCGCCCUACACUCCCCUGGGCAUUCUUGGACUCAAGGCAGGGGCUCUUCGUGGCUUGCUGGGAGGUGGCUGCAGCACAGAGGCCCGUGACUGUUCCAGCGGCCGGUUCGCUGCGCAGUGUCUCCAGGGGCUGGGACCAGCCACGGCCGAGCUGUCAGCGACAUGAGGUGUCCCUUUUUGAGACACUUAACUUUGGGUUUGCUCUAGUUCUUUCUUUCUGAAGAGAGUGACUGGAGUAGCAAAGAUGGAAACGCUAAAGGGGAUACUGGCGCUCACACUGCCGUCCAACCACCCUCGGCUCCCAAGUCCACGCCUGCCUGGGCCCGUGCGGUCAAACCCACGUCGGUCGUGACCCUCCGUGGCGUCCCUGCAUCCGCACUGUCCAACCACCAAGUUCACCAGACAUAGCCUCCACGAUAGCCACACCCACACCUGAGCUGUUCUCAGUGCUGGGACUUGACCAUCCUGGAACACCCUAGAAGAAAAGGCGCAGGGUGGGCCCUCUGCCCUGAUGCAGGAGGGUACGACAGCGGCUGUGGCCAGGCAGAAGAGCCCCGGGUUCAGGAGCUGAGCAGGGGAUGCCUGUGCGUGGUGCCUGGGCCUGGAGAAGCUCCAGCCCCGGGAUGGGGCUGCCCUGCAGACUGGUGCCCGCCACGUGCCGACCCUCACCUCCCCGAGAACUGGAUGCUGCCAUGUGUGCUCGUGUCUGUUGCCCACCCCGUGUGACCCUUGGCCUUGGCCAGCCGUGCAUGCACCCGAAGCUCGUGCAGUUUGUAUGUGAGGUGCUCUCUCCCCUGCCACCAUGCUCAUCCCUGUUGCCUUGGCCACGCUCCUUGGUCGCCCCACUUCCCGGUCGCCGUCUGCAGCGCUCCUGGAGCAGCCUGGGCCCUUCAGGCCCUGUGCUCCUCCCACCCUAGGGGCUCAGCCGCCUGCGAGACAGGAUGGGACGAGAUUUCCGCGAGCCCUCCUGGCGCCCGGUCCUCCCUGUGGGCACCAGCCCUCUUGGUAGCCGGUGUGGAGGGCCGGUGUCCUUGGCUGCCAUGGAGGAACUUGGUCACCGAAACAGCCACCUGCUGUCAUUGGACCUGAAGUCAGAGGCUCAUGGUGCUGAGAAGCCACUGGGCAAAGUGGCCAACACAAAGGUCCCGGGAAGCCAGCCCCCGAGAGCGGAGCGUGGGUCUUUUGUGUCUUUCUCCAGGCUGAGACUUGGGCGUGCGCGUGGUGUUUCCCGAGGGCUGUUUGGACCCUGAUGGGCUGAAUGCUCCGAGGAGGGGUGGACGCCACCCUGGACGGUGGGACGUGGUGUUCCAUGUGCCUGUUUCCACGUCAGCACCUUUUGACUUGGCAGCAUGGAGCCAAGCUCUGCCCCUGCCCAGGAGGGUGCCUUUCUUGGGGGUAGGGGGACGGCCCCCUCUGCCUGCCUCAGAUCCCCUUUGAUGGGAGCUGCAGUCAGCAGUGUGGAGGUGUCUGGGCCACCUUCAGAAGGUGGUUGUGGUGGCCGAGACCCUAUCCACAGAGGGUGACGGCCUUUCCCUUCUGCAGGUGUGGGCAGGUGGGCCUGGGACAGAUGCUGGGGCCUCUCCUGGCUGUAUAUGAGGGCCCAUGUGGAAGGCGCGGACCUGACAGCAUUCCAAUAAAGCAUAGGGAACACGCA